CUAUAGUUCCUCCUACUCUCGCUGCAACGGUGUGGUGUAAAGAUUUCUCAAGGCUAUUCAUUGAUAACUAAUGGUCCAGGGUGGAUAUAGUUUUUGAAGUUGUGUUGUAAAAUGUUUCGCAUAUUUAGCAUUUUAUUGUUUUCGGACAUUGUUUGGCGCACUGUGGCAGUUCCUCACUCCCUUCUGGGUACCUACACUGCAGUGAAUUCUGAUGAGUUCACUUUUGUCCUGUGGCUUGAUGGCGAAGAAGUCGACUCCUACAGUAGCAAUGGCACGGACAGCGUGCCCCGUAGAAAUUGGAUGCGUGAAGGACGAGGCCGUUCUCUGUGGAAGUCUGUCAAACGCCUUAAUAUGGAGCAGUGGAACAGAGGCAGAAUUGACAUCUUAAAAAAUUACUCCAGACUUAACAUGUCUGGUGCUGCCGUCCUGCAGGGGAGGUUUGGCUGUGAGAUCGAGCAAAACCCUGACUCUGAUGUAAGACUUACGAAGGCCUUUGCUCAGUACGGAUGGAAUGGAGAAGACUUCCUGUCCUUCAGCCUCAGCAGGCUUCAGUGGGUGGCUUCAGCAGGAUCUGCUGUCCCCAUGAAGAAGAAUUGGAACAGGGACCAGGACAUCACCAUGGAUACUAAGAACUACAUAGAUUACAUCUGUGUGAUGCAUCUGUUAAACAGUUUGUCUUUUGAAGCAAAGGAGAGCCAGAUGACAGCUCAGCCCAUGGCUGCAGUAUUCGCUAAGAGAUCCCUGAACCCUGGGAAGGUUAUUCUGACCUGCCUAGUUUCAGGAUUUCACUGCAGAGACACGACGGUGGAGCUUUAUCGGGAUGAUGACAUCAUCACUGAAGAAGACUGCUUUUUGUCCUCUGGGAUCAGACCAAACGGGGAUGGGACCUGCCAGCUGAGAAAGAGUUUGGACAUCUCUAACAGCACUGAGGCAUCGUAUAGCUGUGAAGUCCCGUUCGGAAGUCUUAAACGACGGGUCAAAUGGGAUGGGAAAAUAUGGGACCGAGCUCAACCAAAACAAGACAAUGACACUCGACAUCACUACUGGUUACUUAUGGCAGCACUUGUGUUGGUCAUUGGUUUAUCACCUGUGUUUUUCAUUUGGAUCUUGAGGCACAGAUUGCUCACACAGGUAAGAAACAGGAGAAAUUCACCAUGAAUUAUGUCCCUAAAGGAGCACUCCUAGCAUCUUAUCUUGUCUCUUACAUUGAGGGAUACCUCAACGAAUUCAUCAGGAUUCAGGGUAGCAAAUCAACACCUGCUAUAUGAAAAAUGCAAGGAAUCUUUUGAUGUGUAGUGCAGCACUCUGUUCCCUCAUUGAAAUCUAAUUAGGAGUGUAGCACAGUGGGUAAGGAACUGGGCUUGGAACCGAAAGGUCGCAGGUUCGAUUCCCGGGUAAGGACACUGCCGUUGUA